AUGUAUCUUGUUUGGACACUGGGACAUGAAAUUCCAAUAGUUCUUAGAGAAUUUAAGAAGGCCCCAGCCGAUAUCCAAGCUACAGUAGCCCAUAAUGAUGAUGACAAGGAUGCAUCCAUUGGCAAUAUAGAAGGGGAGGCUGAAGAGGAUGAGGAACCAUCUAAAGUUGAACAUGAACAUGAGCCUAAGGAAUCAUCUAAAGUUGCACAUGAAUAUGCUCAUUCUCACGAGCCUGGACGUAGUCAUUGUAAAUACGGUACAGAUCUUUCAAAGCAGUUAACAAACUAUUUGCGUGGCUUUCUUGAUAGCUGUGGAAGUGUAGGAAUUUAUUUCUCAAGGAGGACUCCAGAUAAGGUUGCUAAUUUCAUGCGGAAAGAACUUGGAGACCAUCCAAAAAUCUAUGUAUAUGAUGGUGAAGAACCAAAUCCUCACAUUGGACAUCUAGCUUGGAUAGAUGCUUUCAUUGUCACAGCCGAUUCAAUCAGCAUGUUGAGUGAAGCCUGCAGUACUGGGUCCAUAAUAAGUGGUAACGAGAACAGAGGAAAAUUUUCGAUGACCACAACACCACAAUUGAUUUCUUGCCAUUUUCCAGCUCAAAACGCAGGAACCUCUACUAUCAUCUUAGAAAGUAUUUGGUGUAAAUGAGCCCUUUCUACCACUUCAAGGACCUUUACCUCUUAACUUAACUUGAGUUCAAGUUAUCCCAUUAAGUUUGGAAAGUAUUGAAGUAUCUGAUGAAGAAGCAGAUGAUGACACGGAUAUGACGUUCAUUUAUUACAUUUUAUAUGUUAGGUAGUUUUAUGACAUGUUUGUGAAUUGUGACUUAAAACGAACCCGGAAUGUGACGUUUAUGACGUUUAUGCUUAUGUUUUUUUUAAAGGCAACCAUUUAUGCUUA